UCGACGAUAGACAGUAUUGUCAACAUUACUGCGCUACAUUUGCAUUAGUAUACUUGUGAUAAAUCCAAUCAUGGUUUCGUGUUUUGAAAUAUUAGCUUUAACGACACUGUACGCUAGUGUCGCUCACAGUGUAUUAUUACCGCCAUGCCAUCUCAACGACAUUGUCUGUUUUGAGGCGUCCCUUAACGUAGCACUGCCUCAGGUCAUGUCUGAAAACAAAGCCCUUGGGGUCGAAUCAUCUGAUCCCUUGAAAAUUGACCUGAUUGAGGGCGACACGCCCGAUAUUAAAUUUAAAUAUUUUUCACCAAUCACUACGGGAUUCAAGCAGUGUGUAAUCCAAAAUGUGAAAAUAAACCUAGAUGCACAUACAUUACACGAGGAGAUUGACUGUCCGAAUCUAGAAAUAACAGGCAAAUACGAAAUGUCCGGAACUCUCAUCACUUUACCAAUUGAGGGAAAUGGAGAUUUCAAAAUCACUGGAGGGUCAUACUAUAUCAUGCUCGAUUGUGAGUUGGAAACUGUGGUUGGAGAUGACAACAAAGCAUAUCUCUCCAUCAAAUCUUUCAAACAGAAAACCGAAGCAACAGCUCCAAUUACUUUCGACUUCAAAAACCUUUUUAACGGGCAAAAAGAUCUGGCGGAUGGUGCCAUCUCUUUUGCUAAUCAGAAUUGGAAGCAGGUCUCCGAUAUCCUGGAAGAACCUAUAUGGUACAGUAACAUGAAUAGAAUUAUUUCUAACGCGAACAAAUACUUAUUGACUGAAUCCCUUGAUCAAAUUUUCUUACCUUAGGUUGUUAAAGUAAAAAUACUGUACAUUUGUGAUAUAUAUUAUUAUGUAAGAAAUAAAUACACAUAUAUGAGUAGCACAUAUAACCUAUGUUUACCUCUCUUAUUUUUGUACUGUAAGCAUCAAAUAGAUAUAAAACUUUUUUUUGUUUAACUAUGUUUUUCUACACGAACGACACAAUAUUCUUCGACUAUC